UCAGAAACAGGGAGAAAUUCAAUAGUUUCUGCUUGAAAAUAUAUUGAAUAAACUGGGAUAAAAUGUUUUUUUUAAUUAGUAAAUUACUGUAUAAAAAAAUGAAUAAAAAUACGCAAUUAAAUAAACAAUACUAACAAUAGGCAAAGCUAAACAGCCACGCGCCUCUGAUUUUUCAGAUGCUAUAAUCCUGGUUUUGUGCUGUCACUGUCAACAGUUUCAUCGUCUUGUUUUCUAAAGAAAAUUACCUUAAAAACUCCUGGGCUGUCCUCGGAAAUGUUUGUGAGCCAAACCUGGAAUUUAAAGCGUUAUGGGCGCUUCAUCCCCCAAUCCGGAAAGAAAAUGAAGGCACAACCCCGCUGGAAGAUUUUCGAGGACAAGAAUAGCAGAUCUAAAAUCCUCCUCACAAUUCUGGGAUCUGGACACUUGCUGGUAACGCGAGGACAUGAAAGCUUGGAAACUAUUCCACUGCUUACUGGCUGUGAUUCUCUCAAAGUGCAACAAAAAUCUGAAAACUUGAUGUUUCAAAUGACUGUAAAGGGAGUGAGCCGCAUGCUGAGGAUGCAGUUUGAUGGAAAAGACAGGGUGGAGGCUGUGAGUGAGUGUUCGAGCGCCGUGGAACAGCUGAAGAAGUACCUUUCUGUCACCACUCUGGAUGAUCCGGCAGUACAUCCAAAUCAGCCCCCUGCUGACGCUCCGGCACCAGCAUCACAGCGGAUACGUCAGGAAAAGUCUGUGGAGCCGGAUGUUACCCAAGGAUCUUUGUCCAUCAGGCAUCUUGCUAAGCACUUCUUGGGAGAGGCUUCCUUGAGUCUCCCUCAGAUGUGUUCCCACACUGUUUUGGCAGAGGGGGGCUUGGAGCCGGUCCUGCGUCUUUGUCUGCUGGAUCCCAGCUUUCCUGGGUUUGUGGAGAAGGUGGAGGCGCAGCUGCAGAAAAUGAUUGAAGAGUAAAGAACGUAAAAAAAAAAGUGGUUUUCCUGCUGUUCAUUGCAAAUGUGUUUCACUAAAAUGAAAAGAAAAAUAAAAAAA